AUGGUACAUCCAAAACUUUUGGUUCAUUUCUCUCUCACAAAUUUCACAAUAGAAUUCAUCCGCAAGAUCAUUGAAAGGAGGAUAGGUAAGGCUGAGGGGAUGCGGGUCCCAUCUAUGCUUGAUGGUAUUCGGAAGCAGAGCACAUUGUUGGCAUACAACGAACUUGCAAGUGUGACAUUUGAAUUUGACCCCAGGAUCAUAGUACGCACAUACCCUGCACUUAAAAUCAAGCGAUUCAAUUUGAAACAAGGGAUGCUCGAGAGCUUCAUGUGCAAUUCUACCAGGCAUGAAAGCACAUCUGACAUCAAGGCAGACAUCACAUCCUUCAUCUUCACAACACUUGUAGAAGAAUCCGUUGGUGUAUGAAAAACAGGCCUUGCACCGGUGAAGAUGAUAGAAUUUAUUGUCAUAAAUGAGUUGUAAUCGGUGUGUGGAGUGAAUUAUUGGGUGUCUCAACUCUUUUGGUAAAUUGGCACAAUAUAAGUGGAGAAAAUAAUUACACUCUUCACAACUGUAAAA